AUGACUGGCUUCAAGAAAUUGGAGGACAAACUCAAGCAGUUGAAGCGCGACCUUCCUGAUCACCUCCAGCUAACCUCGGACAACAACGACGACCGUAGCUACAACUCGCCCGGCAAAUACGUUGCGAUACAUGCAAUGUACACAUUGUGUUUUGUGUGGUUGUACAGAGAGUACAUGCCCACAUCACCAUGGACGUUGACGUACCCCCGCGGCCCGUUGGACGAGCCACUAAUUGAUGAGAAACCCCCUGACCCUGACUACUGGAUCAAGCAAGCCAAAGACUGUUGGAAGGCCUGCCUCGACUUCACAACACUACUUCAUACUAUCGAGAACUCACAAGUUCAUAGCAAUUUAGUACAAACGCCAACGGUAGCUUUCUCUUGUUUUGCCGUUGGAAUAGGCACCAUCUACUGCCAUUACUUUCCUCACAUGGACCCGGACGACGCCCUCUCAUCUCGUAAAGACCCUAGAGCCCAUGAUAUCGCAAACGGCUUCCUACUACGCAUUCUGAGUCGCUUCAAGAUGGCCCGCUCGUGGCUCAGUCAACUAGCAGAAUGGCAAAGAUAUUACCGCCGCGAGAAGAAGAAGUACCGAGAACUGAGCGGCCAGAUCGACGAUUCUCCAAAGAGCAACUCCAGCGAUGGCGUCGCUAGCGGUGGGCUGAAAGACUAUGCACAGCUCUUCGAAAGAACGCAUAAGCAGUUUGGUGACAUUGCUAACGCUAACGACAACGAUGGACAAUGGCCCGACAGGGAUAAGGACCUCGCGGAUACGAGACUGACGCAUGACGAAGACUCCGCAGAGCGCACCUUGCCUACCAGCGCCGCUUCGGUCAAGCAUGAAUUGCAAAGUGCAUCAGAAGAAAAGUCCAGUAACCAAUCCGGCUUCACUGCUGUCAACCACAAUGGUCAACAAACUCCUCCUGCUCCGCCGCCAGUCACCCAACCAUCAACCUACGCACACGGGGGCCCCCCCGCAUCUGUCCCGAUACACGGUGUCUAUCAACCAUGGCCACAGGCACGACCACAGGAGCUACAGGAGCAGAAGGUGAACAUGGAGAUUUGCGGCGCUGCUACUUUCCCUAAUGGCUGGGCGGGCGAUGUCAUGAUCGGUGAUAGUGCUCAAGACUUCAAUAAUUGGGGCCAAUAUGGCUUUCCGACUAUUCCGGAUAACUCGGGGUAUUAUCAGUCUGGGUAUUCGUAUCCGCCACAGUAG